GAAUCCCGAGAACCAUGGAUAGAGAAUGGGGCUCCAAACCGGGUUCUGGAGGUGCGGCCUCCGCCCAAACGGAAGCCAUGGACCGCCGCGAGCGGCUCCGUCGACUCGCUCUCGAAACUAUCGAUCUCGCGAAAGAUCCAUAUUUCAUGCGCAACCACCUCGGCAGUUACGAGUGUAAGCUUUGCUUGACGUUACACAACAAUGAAGGGAACUACUUGGCACAUACACAAGGGAAGCGGCACCAGACCAAUUUGGCUAAGAGAGCAGCGCGUGAGGCUAAGGAGGCUCCGGCUCAGCCUCAGCCUCACAAGCGUAAAGUUUCUGUUCGGAAAACAGUCAAAAUUGGUAGACCGGGGUACCGUGUGACAAAGCAAUAUGAUCCGGAGACAAAGCAGAGAUCUCUUCUCUUCCAGAUUGAAUAUCCUGAAAUAGAAGACAAUGCAAAGCCAAGGCACCGUGUUAUGUCGUCCUAUGAGCAGAGAGUGCAACCAUUUGAUAGGAGAUAUCAGUAUCUCCUGUUUGCUGCAGAACCCUAUGAGAUCAUAGCUUUCAAGGUCCCAAGCACUGAGAUUGAUAAAUCCACUCCUAAGUUCUUCUCGCAUUGGGAUCCCGACUCAAAGAUGUUCACGUUGCAGGUAUAUUUUAAAAUCAAACCACUAGAGUCGAACAAACCUCCCCCUCCUGCAGCCAAUGAUACUAUUGAUCCAGAUGCGCCACCUAGGCCACCACUUCAUACUCCAGCACCACCACCUCCACCUCCACCUCCUCAAGGGCUGCCAAACCCUCCUAGAGGCCUUCCACCUCCUGGUUCAUUACUGCCGCCACCUCCUAUGGGAAAUGGUCCUAGGCCUAUGCCUCCUGGCGGCAAUCCUAUAGCCCCACCACCACCUCCUGGGGGUAGCGUGACAAUGGGAAAUUUCACUCCUAGGCCUCCAAACAACCCUCCUCCACAAGGUUUUCUGGGUCAUCAGAUGCAGGGACAGGGUAUGCACCCACCCCCUCCACCUCCUAACAUGGGACUGUAAUUGACCUGGCAUCUCCUGCUUUCAAUAAUUUUUGGUCAGAUCAAACCGAUAAUUUGAUUUUUUUUAGCAGAGCAAAUACGCCUACUACUGAAAAUGUAUGCAUGUUCGAGUCUGCUUUACUUGGAUUU